GCCAAGAUCCAUGCAAAAGCAAUCCUUGCCUUAAUGGUGGUAUCUGUUAUCUGCAUGGUUCAUUUUACAUCUGUACAUGUUUGCCGGGCUUCAGUGGGGAGCAGUGUGAAUUAGAUAUUGAUGAAUGCCAGUCUAACUCAUGUCAGAAUGGAGCGACGUGUAUAGAUGGCCUCAAUACAUUUACUUGUGUCUGUCUGCCAAGCUACGUAGGUGCUCUCUGUGAACAAGACACGGAGACCUGUGAUUAUGGCUGGCACAAGUUCCAAGGACAGUGCUACAAAUACUUUGCCCAUCGUCGUACAUGGGUUACAGCUGAUCGAGAAUGCCGUCUUCAGGGAGCGCACCUGACAAGCAUCUUGUCCCAUGAAGAGCAGAUCUUUGUGAACCGUAUUGGGCAUGACUACCAGUGGAUCGGCCUCAAUGACAGGAUGUUUGAGCGUGACUUCCGCUGGACUGAUGGUAGCCCGCUG